CCAAGAUGGCUACCACAUAGACAUGUGUCUGUCUGUUAAAAAUUUUCUACAAAUCCUUUUGAAAUAAUCACUUUAUUUCUACGUAGAUAUUGUAAUACACAAGGACCAUCAUUUAUUGUAUAUAAUUAAUUAAUUAAUAGGCGUAAGUGACAGGUAUUGUCAACUCAAUUGAGUAUGGCAGCGUGUGGUGAUUAUAUCAGAAGUCAAUUUCCAAGUAUAGACGACGAGUUGUAUCAUUAUGUCGAGGGUAUUCUUGAUAGUUCAAAGGAUGAUUUUGAGGAUGGAGAGGAGGUGUAUGAGGCCAUUGGACAGGUGUUGCACGAGGUAGCUGAUAAACCUGAAAAAGAGGUUAGGCAAAUAUGCGAGACACUCCUGGCGAUGUUGAAAGGCACUUCCAACGGUGAAGAGGGAAAUAUCCACGAAAAACGUCAGAAUGGCAUGAAUAAAGUUCUGAAUGCUCCAGUUCAUUUAGGUGCUAUGGCAGCAACUCUGGAGGAACAGGUCGAACAAAUUAAGAGUAUUUGGGUGACGACGAGGGAUGACACGAUGAAAGUAGACGCAAAGAAACUGGAAAAAGCAGAAGCCAAACUCCAGCAGAAGCAGGAGAAACGAACUGGUCAGGAUUCUAAUCCCAGGAAUAAUUUAGUAGCAAAUCAGUCAGGAGACACAGCCAGUGCCAGUCAGAUGAUGAGCAAAAAAGAGAGCAGGAUGGAGAGCAAAGGGGGAACCAAUAAAACUCAGGACAUCAGGAUUGAGAAUUUCGAUGUUGCAUAUGGAGACCGAGUGCUGCUCCAGGGCGCUGACUUGACUCUGGCAUUUGGUCGUCGUUAUGGUUUGAUAGGACGAAAUGGUCUUGGCAAAACCACGCUCCUGCGGAUGAUUUCGAAUAAACAGUUGAGGAUACCAUCGCAUGUUCGUGUGCUGCAUGUUGAGCAGGAAGUAGCUGGUGAUGACACGUCAGCUCUUAAUUCAGUUCUUGAAUCUGAUACUGAGAGGAGUGCAUUGUUGAGCCGUGAGGCAGAACUCCAGGCGUUGAUUGAGAAAGAAGGAGGGAAGAAUGAUACGUUGGGUGAGGAACUGGCGAAGGUAUAUGAAGCAAUGCAGACAGCCGAAGUGGAGAAAGCACCGUCAAGAGCUGGUGCAAUUCUCUCGGGUCUGGGAUUCUCGGUGGAGAGACAAUCCUGGCCGACCAAAGCCUUCUCAGGUGGAUGGAGAAUGAGAUUGGCGUUGGCAAGAGCUCUCUUCUCCAGACCUGACCUCUUGUUACUCGAUGAACCCACCAAUAUGUUAGACAUCAAGGCAAUCCUCUGGUUAGAAAAAUAUCUCCAAUGCUGGCCGACUACUUUACUCGUUGUCUCUCACGAUCGAAACUUCCUCGACACUGUUCCCACUGAUAUUCUGUACCUUAAGGGACAGAAGAUCGAGGCAUAUCGGGGCAAUUACGAACAAUUCGAAAAGACCAAGGGUGAACGAGAGAAAAAUGCUCAGAGGGAAUACGAGGCGCAACAAGCUAAACGAGCACAUGUUCAGGAAUUUAUCGAUCGUUUUCGGUACAACGCCAAUCGUGCCUCCAGUGUCCAGAGUAAGAUAAAAAUGUUGGAGAAAUUACCCGAGCUCAAAGCUGUUGAGAAAGAGGCCGAAGUUACCCUCAGGUUUCCCGAUGUCAUGCCCCUGAGUCCACCGAUAUUACAACUCAAUGAAGUAUCAUUUCGUUAUGAAUCAUCGAAAAAUGGUGAUUUUAUAUUCACUGGUGUCAAUCUCACUGCUACACUGCAAUCACGUAUCUGUAUAGUCGGUGAGAAUGGGGCGGGCAAAACGACAUUGUUGAAAAUAAUAACCGGAACAUUGAGCCCAACCCGUGGCACUAUUCACAUCCAUCGUAAUCUUAAGUUCGGCUACUUCAGCCAGCAUCACGUGGACCAGCUGGACAUGACUGUGUGUCCAGUGGAAUUACUGCAAAAUCAUUUUCCAGGAAAGCCAACAGAAGAAUACAGGAGAAUGCUCGGUAGUUUUGGAGUCAGUGGAGAUCUUGCCCUGCAGACAAUUUGCUCUUUGUCUGGUGGACAGAAAUCCAGAGUUGCAUUUGCCCUGAUGUGUGCAGCGAUGCCCAAUUUCCUCGUUCUUGACGAACCCACUAACCAUCUCGAUAUCGAAUCGAUAGAGGCACUGGGCAGGGCUCUGAACACGUGUCAGGCUGGUGUAAUUCUCGUGUCCCACGACGAACGUCUGAUCAGGCUAGUGUGUACAGAGCUCUGGGUCUGUGGUCAGGGCUCAGUGCGCUGUAUCGAGGGUGGUUUCGACGAAUACCGCAAAAUAAUAGAAAAAGAACUCGAGGGUUGACGAUGAUUUUACCGAGACCAUGCAAAUUCAAUUCUCACCACUGUGUAUUUAAAUAUCGGAGGCAUUGCCCGUGAAUAUUACUGCCUAAAGUCAGGCUCUUAGGUAAUUGCAUGUAGGUACGUUUCUACAGAUGAUUUUGAAAAUUAAAAAUUAUUAUCUAUUUAAUAAAAAAAAAACCAACAUCAGCAAUGAAA